CCAAUGGCGAGGUGCCGGGGGCGGGGCCGACGGCCGAGGCAGCAGGGAACCGCCGCGCGGGCUUGGACGGUGCGGCGGGCACGAUCUCUUGAGUCCUUGCGGCAGGCCUAGCGCCUCUCCCUGCCUCAGUUUCCCCCUUCAGGAGUAAUCCCAGCAUGCUGGGCUGGAGCAGCUGCACAAGCCGCGCGCAGUGAUGACGUGGCGGAUUCUGCUCUCCCUCUGUGACGGGACACGUGCUGCGGGCCCAGCCGCUAGUCCAGAUGAACUCAUGCCGAUGGCUUCAGUGAUGGCAGUGGCUGAACCCAAAUGGGUCUCGGUCUGGGGCCGUCUCCUGUGGCUGACACUGCUGAGCAUGGCCCUGGGGUCGCUGCUGGCCCUGCUGCUGCCCCUGGGAGCCGUGGAAGAGCAGUGUCUGGCUGUGCUCAGAGGUUUCCACCUGCUCAGGAGCAAACUGGACAGGGGCCAGCAUGUGGUCACCAAAUGCACCAGUCCAUCCACAGAGCUCAGUGUCACUUCUGGGGAUGUGGGGCUGCUGACUGUCAAGACUAAGACGUCUCCAGCAGGGAAGCUGGAAGCCAAGGCUGCACUGAACCAAGCCCUGGAGAUGAAGCGUCAGGGCAAGAGAGAGAAAGCCCACAAGCUCUUCCUGCACGCCCUCAAGAUGGACCCUGGCUUCGUAGAUGCGCUCAAUGAGUUUGGCAUCUUCUCAGAAGAGGACAAGGACAUCAUUCAGGCGGAUUACUUAUACACCAGGGCACUGACCAUUUCACCCUUCCACGAGAAAGCGCUGGUCAACCGGGACCGGACGCUGCCGCUUGUGGAGGAGAUUGACCAGAGGUACUUUAGCAUCAUCGACAGCAAAGUGAAGAAGGUCAUGUCCAUACCCAAGGGGAGCUCAGCGCUGCGCAGGGUCAUGGAGGAGACCUACUACCACCACAUCUACCACACGGUGGCAAUUGAGGGCAACACCCUCACCCUCUCAGAGAUCAGGCACAUCCUGGAGACCCGCUACGCUGUGCCAGGAAAGAGCUUGGAGGAGCAGAACGAGGUGAUUGGCAUGCAUGCGGCCAUAAAGUACAUUAACACUACCCUGGUCUCCCGCAUUGGGUCUGUCACCAUCGAUGACAUGCUAGAGAUCCAUAGAAGGGUGCUGGGGUAUGUGGAUCCAGUGGAGGCGGGAAGGUUUCGGAGGACCCAGGUCCUGGUGGGACACCACAUUCCGCCCCAUCCCCGGGACGUGGAGAAGCAAAUGCAGGAGUUCACACAGUGGCUUAAUUCAGAGGAUGCCAUGAAUCUGCACCCGGUUGAGUUUGCAGCCUUAGCCCAUUACAAACUUGUGUACAUCCACCCUUUCAUCGACGGCAACGGGAGGACCUCCCGCCUGCUGAUGAACCUGAUCCUGAUGCAGGCAGGGUACCCCCCUAUCACCAUACGCAAGGAACAGAGGUCAGAGUACUACCACGUAUUAGAAGUCGCCAACGAGGGUGAUGUGCGGCCCUUCAUCCGCUUCAUUGCCAAGUGUACAGAGGUCACAUUGGACACACUGCUCCUUGCCACCACUGAGUACUCCGUGGCGCUGCCGGAAGCCCAGCCCAACCACUCUGGGUUCAAGGACACACUCCCCGUGAGGCCCUAAACCGCUAGCUAGCCCUCCCCUUUAGCAACAAGGGAAGCCAGGAGAUGGCAUCCAAAGAAUGGCUUUCUAGAAACAGCUCUCCCCAGUAGCAAAAGAUAUUUAAACAUUCUUUACCUCCAGAUGUUUUUUAGUUGAGAAAUGUUUUUUAGUUGAGAAAGAAAACUAAAUUAUCAAGCCUUGUCUUUAGGAUAAUUUAUACUUCAGUUAUUUAUUUUCCCGAGCCACCUAGCAGUGCCAAGAGGUGCUGUGACCACUGCAUCUGUGGUGAUCGCAGUACCCUGCAGAGGCAGCCGUGCUCCCUCCACUUAUGUCCUGAGCCUGGCUUCUGGACAGAAUUUGCACUAAGGUGGGGGCAGAGGGGCCAGAUCUGUGGGACAAAGCCCAGGACCACAGGGGCCACUCAGAUGCCUUUGAGGUCCUAUGACUUAAGAGGGCUGCAGUCCUGAGCAAAACCUGCCCUGUUGUGAUGGACUUUCACUCCUGAGACAGGAAGCAGGCGCUGCCAUCUCCAGAGGGAGACUGCAGAUUCCCAGAGACCCCCAGAGCCGCUAACUUGCUAGCCUGACCGGCAGGGAUGUUAUUUUCCUAUCUAGACCUUUCAGGAGAGUGGCCAGCAUGGCUUUUUCUUUCUUCUGAAGUUCACUUGCAUCAACUCAGACCAGAUGUUUUACACAAGCUUUUCAGCCUGUACCAUCAACCCCAUAAAGCAAGUCUGCUUUACUUCCCACUCAGUCUCCUGCACAAAGACCCCAGACAAUGGAUCUGAGGGCCUGGAGGUGAGGCUCAGUGGUAGCACCUACCACCUAGUAGCAUGUGCCAUGCCCCAGGCACCACCUCUAACAAAAAAAAAAAAGAUAUUGCACCAACCCCAAAUAAGCAUUCCUGAUAAAAGAAUUAAAACGAACACCUGUGACCACAGCCCAGACUGGUCCCUUUUGUCCUGUGUUUUUAAACCUUCUUCCCCUAUGACGUCCCCUAGGAUAGGUGGUUGCCUUAGAGUGGCCUUGCUUUUCUAGUAACUUGUAAAGCGAUAGUGUUCGGCCUGAUAAAUGCAUUUCAAAGCUGUCACCUUAGAAAAAAUAAUUUUCCAAUCAUACAUGGCUAAGCGCCAAUUUGCUGCUAUUUAGUCAGAAUGGCUAGAGAUUACUGGGUUUUGUUCUGAGGGACAGCCUAGGAGUCCCAAGCGCACUGCACUUUCUUUGUUUGAAUGAUGGUAAAUUCAUUCUAGGUGUCAAACCUCUAGUUCGGCGCUGCCAACUGAUGUGUCAGUGUUCACAGAUAUUCAGUGGUAGUUCCAAGGGGCUGAGAGGGUGGAAAGACGUGUGCAUGCAGUUGAGCCUCACGACUGCUCGCCAGCGCACGGCAGUACAGCCCCAAGUCCCAAGCUCCUUGCUCUUCUCUGCAGCAUCCCGAGUCUCACAGGGUGCUUGCUUGGUCCUGUAGUAAGAACCUGCACUUUAGCUACGUGUGGAAGAUAUUUUAACAAAU